AUGAAUGAUUUGCCAUCGAAAUUUCAUAUUGAAAAUGAUGAUAUCUUUCCAAAGUUUAAAUUUAGUGAACUUUCACAACAGAAUAUUACUAGUCAACAAUUAUAUAUUUGGUCAGCACCAAUCGAUAUUGUUGAACGUUAUCAGUUGUAUUUAGAUCAUUUAUCAGCAUCGUAUGAUAAAUCUAUGAAAACACAAGUUUUCUACAAUUGUACAUUACCAAGAUUUGGUCCUAUGUGUCAAUAUGAAAUGAUUAUUUAA